GGGGCGGGCCGGGAACUUGACUUGUCUCGCGGUUAGUGGGUCGGCGCGAGCGCGCGAGGCUCGGAGGCGGCGCCGGGCGGAGCCCAGUCCGAGUAGGUCCUGCGGGGCUCGGUCGAACAGUGCAGUGUUCUCGGGACUGAGGUCGUCUCAGGUGAAGAGGUCGCGCCGGAAGUGGCUUAGGCUGUCGCGCCGGUGCGUUGUAAAGACCCUGCUGCGGAGUUGUUAAGGGGCUGCAGCAUCACCCUGCUUCCUCCCCCUUCCCUGCAGCAGCCAUGGCGAAAGGAAGCGUCGCGGAACGAUCGCAAACGGGGGCACUCCACACAACCCCAGCAGGGGACCGGGCAGCGGGGACGAGAGUUCCUGCGACGCUGGGCAGCGGACACCACUUGAAAGAGAAAGCCCGGGAAGAAGCUGGGUCAGCAAGAACGUCACUCCUUAUAUUGGUGUCCAUUUUCUUAUCAGCAGCUUUUGUUAUGUUUUUGGUAUAUAAAAAUUUUCCCCAGCUUAGUGAAGAAGAAAGAGUCACUAUGAAGGUUCCCAGAGAUAUGGAUGAUGCCAAGGCUCUAGGAAAAGUUUUAUCCAAAUAUAAGGACACCUUUUAUGUACAAGUACUUGUAGCUUAUUUUGCUACAUAUAUUUUCUUGCAGACAUUUGCUAUUCCAGGCUCUAUAUUUCUCAGCAUCCUCUCAGGGUUUCUUUAUCCCUUUCCACUAGCCUUAUUUCUUGUUUGUUUGUGUUCUGGGCUGGGUGCCUCAUUCUGCUAUAUGCUCUCCUAUUUAGUUGGGAGACCAGUGGUAUACAAAUAUCUAACAGAGAAAGCAGUGAAAUGGUCACAGCAGGUUGAACGUCACAGAGAUCAUCUCAUUAACUACAUUAUAUUUUUGAGAAUAACACCAUUUCUGCCUAAUUGGUUUAUUAAUAUUACUUCUCCUGUGAUAAAUGUGCCACUGAAAGUUUUUUUUAUUGGCACUUUUCUAGGUGUCGCACCUCCCUCUUUUAUAGCUAUCAAUGCAGGAACAACACUAUACCAGCUUACAACAGCAGGAGAAGCUGUUUCCUGGUACUCAGUAUUUUUUCUGAUGAUUUUGGCUGUUCUUUCCAUCCUGCCAGCCAUUUUCCACAAAAAACUAAAGCAGAAGUAUGAGUAAACAACCAUCUGAGUUUUAGUUUUCCCACCACCGUCAUCAUUCUCUUCUUCAUCAUCUCAGGAUUAGCAGGAGUAUCUAUUUAUGUUUCAAAAUCACUUCUUCAGCAAUUGAAACAAGGAAUUUGUAAAAUCAGAUUUUCUACUGAACAGUUAAAAUGAUACAUUUAAGUGGCAAGGGGGAGAAAAAAGUAAAAAUGGAAAUUGAUAUACUAUGAAGAGUGCUGUCAGUGGUGAUGGUAAGCAUCUAAAUUACUAUAUACAAGGGGGAGCUACAGGUAACUACCAGCAGUGUGGUAGGAAAUUAUUGAUCCAGCUGGUUCAUUUAAUUUAACAUAUUUCAUGAACUAGCCAUACAUACUUACUCAUGACUUGAUAAUUUAAUAAUAUUUUUCUCUCUCACCCUUAAUGAUAACUAAAAUUAAUAUACAAAAACAAAGAUUCUGGAUUCUUACAGUGUUGCAUUUCUGGCUAAGAUCAACUUUCUUUCAGAACAUACUAAAACUAAAGCUUAAAACUUAAAAGAGAUUUACAUUUUUCUUUUUACCUUUGAGGUAAUUUGUUUAGAGCUUAUAUCUUGGUAAACCACUGAAUAUGAAAAGGAUAUCAAGUUAUAGCUAUUUUGUGAGGUUUUUUUUUCUGUUUCAGAUUUUUAUCAUGGAUUAGUUUGAGAUUUAUAAUUCUGACUAGUCUAUUUUCAUCCUUUUAUCUAGCUUUCACAGUAUUUCCACUGUGCAUAUACAAAAUGGAGAUUAUAUAAUAACUAGUAUAUUUGGUGUUGAUAAUUUAUAUUCAGAUAAUAUUUUGUUACACGGUUCCCCUUUAAUAUCUCAGAAGGGGAUCUAAGAAACAGCAGUCUUAUGGGUUAGGUUAAUUGUACUACUUUAUAUUUUGAAACAGAAACUUAGUGGUAAUGCAGUUCUUAAGUGGUUAAAUAUAGUAAAUUGGUCCAAUGACUAUAAACUUUACCUCAUUUAUUAGUCUGGUUAUUAAGUUAUGUAUUAUGCAUGAUAUACCUAAAAGAAUGCAUUGUUUCAUUUCUUUUGAUGACUUUUUAUGUGUUGGGCUGCUUUUGAUUAAUGCAGCUUCCCAAUUUAAUGUUUUUACUUUUUAUAAUUCACAAGGUAACAUUAACUUCUGACAUGGUAACUAAUAUAUUUAAAUAGUCCUAGAAAAAACAAAACAGCUUUUUGCUGCUUAAUGGUCAUGCCCUUGAUUCCUUAAUUCUAGGGCAUCACCAAUCUAAAUUCUGUCAGUUUUACCUUCACUGAAGCUUGUUAUUAUGUUGAAAGUACUUUAGCUGUGGGAGAAAUCCUUGUAUGUUUUUAUUGUGAGAAAUAUGAUCAUCCUCAAAGCCUGUGUCUACAACAUAAUGUGGAUUGAUUCAUUAUUUUUUCUAUCACAGUAUUAACAAACGGAUUUAUUGUAAAUACAAAGAAAAUAUAUUGAUUAAUAUACUAUUCUUAUGUCACUUGGCCUUUUGUGUGAGAUUAUUUAUUAUUUCUAGCAAGGUUUUCUUGCUUUCUGAUGGACCAGAGACUGAGUGAUACAGCUUUUGUUAUUUUUACAAAUGAACCUAAAACACACCUUUUUUGGACAAAAUUCACUAAGUAUUACUGUGUAAAGUGUAAUUAAGUCAAUUUUUAUCAGACUUUCAAAAAUAAAAGUAAGAGUUUGUACUCAGGAGAAACCUCA